AUGAUAAAAAGGAAAUAUAAUGUGAAAUACUGUUGUGAUGAUAUUUGUGUUUUUCCUAGUAGCACUAUGUUAAAAUAUAAUGAUAGUAAAUUCUGCGAAAGUUUUGGCUUAACUGCUGUGUCAACGUACCAACUGAAAACUCGUGAUAAAGAGGAUGAGAAAAAUGAGCAAAAAAAAAAAGGAAAAGUUUUCCUGUUUAGACUCAAACAAAUUACAAAUGAGGAUAACGAUACCUCCGAAAUUGAUCACCUCCUAAUUUAUGAGAAAGACAUAAAUUUCAGCAGUGGUGUUCUUCAGUCGAAUUAUCUAUUUACAAACGAAAGUCUGUUGUUGGGCAGUGUAUGCGUUAAUGGGUUUCACUUGUCACACGUAAAGGAUGGAACUCAUCAUCAAAUAUUUGCAACUCCGGAUGAAAAAAAUAAUUCUGGUCUCUCUUUUGAUGCUUUUAAUAGCAAGCCUGAAAAAAUCUGUGUAUCUUUUAGUAAUGGUGAUAUGUGUUUUCUUGUUGAUGGGAAUGAAGUACAAUUGUGGAAAGCUCAUGAGUAUCAUGUGUGGGCAUGCACAUUUAAUGGAAGUGAAAAUGUUGUAACAACAGGUUCUGAUGAUUGCUCCUUUAUAAUAUGGGAUUUGAGAACAGCUAACAUUUCUCAGAUAAACAAGAGAUCCCAUUCACAGGGUGUUACAGCGGUUAAAUUUGAAGAUCGUAGUCACUUGCUGUACACGGCAUCGUACGACAACAAAAUACGCACUUUUGAUUUGAGAAACAUUCAAGAUCCUCUACAAAUAGUUGAUGUGAAGUCGAGCAUAUGGAGGAUUAAAUUUUUGUACAAAAAUGAAGAAGCAAACAAACUGUUAGUUGCAGCCUGUGAUGGGGGAGCUCAGAUAUUUAAAAAACUAAACAAUGAGUUCGUUUUUAAAAAGGGUGUGAGCAACGACAAUGAGUUAACUUAUGGGAUAGACGCUAUUGAUAUUUGGAAUAAAAAAAAAAAAAAAAAAAUUUAUUUUUCUUGUUCUUUUUAUAAUAAAGAAAUUCAAAUGUGGGUUUAG